AUGCAAUUGAUUUAUACCCUCGGUGCCCUUUUAUUGGCAUCUUCAGCAUCUGCUGUCCCAUUCAAGCGUUAUGACAACACCACCGAAUCUUUGACUUCCUCGUCCAACGCCCCAGUCUCGUCAGCAACUUCUGCCGAAGGUACCACCACCAUUACUAUUGACGAGUGGGUAACUGUCACUUUACAGUCCACCACUCUUACCAUUCCAGCAACCGCCUCCAGCUCAGUUGCCGCAGCGGAAGCUGAAGCUUCAGCAGAAGAUGAAACCAUCACUUCUACUAUCAUCCAGUACAAGACUGUCACCUCUGGUUCAGUCACCACUGCUGUUCCAACCAACACCUUGACCUCAACCAUCACUGGUGCUGCCUCAACUUCUGACGACGACUCAAUCACCUCUACCCUGACCAUUACCAAGAAGACCACCGUUACCCUCGCAUCUUCAACUAUCACUGAAGAUGUCACCUCAACUGGUACUUCCACCUUCCCAGCUACUGUUACUGUUACCGUUACUGAAAACAACUGUCAAGCAUCCUCAACCAGCGCUGAUCAAGACAUCACUACUUCUACGAUUGUCGAGACCACCACUGCUACUGCUACUUAUCCAGUUACUGCCGAAUUCACUUACGGUGCUAACCAGACUACAACUAUUACUAGUUACGUUGAAGUCACUUCAACUCUUUACUCCACUACUACCACUGAAAUCACCUUGACUUCUAGUAGUUCUUCAGCAUCUGCUGUAGCUCCAGCUACAACCACUGAAGCAGAUGCCGCAGCUGCAGUUGCAACUACAUCUGCUGCCUCUUCUCUUUCCUCAUCAGCUUCAGUCACCUCGACUCCAAGUUACACUGCCAGCGGAAAUGGUACAUUCUACUCAUCUGCCGCCCCAAGUGCUUCAACUUAUGCCCCAGCUGCCGAAAGAAGAAGUUUAUUUAAUCUUUUUUAA